CUGUCUACUCUCCUUCAGGAUGCCUUCCACGCCUUCCACCAGGACCUCAAUUUUGUGCGCAAGUUCCUGCAGCCCCUGCUGAUUGGAGAGCUGGCCCCGGAGGAGCCCAGCCAGGAUGGACCCCAGAAUGCCCAGCUGAUCGAGGACUUCCGAGCCCUGCGCCAGGCGGUCGAGGACAUGAAGCUGUUUGAGGCCAAGCCCACCUUCUUCGCUUUCCUGCUGGGCCACAUCCUGGCCAUGGAGCUGCUCGCCUGGCUCAUCAUCUACCUCCUCGGCCCCGGCUGGGUGCCCAGCACCCUCGCCGCCCUCAUCCUGGCCGUCUCCCAGGCCCAGAGCUGGUGUCUGCAGCAUGACCUGGGCCACACCUCCAUCUUCAGGAAGUCCCGGUGGAACCAUGUGGCCCAGCAGUUUGUGAUGGGGCAGCUGAAGGGCUUCUCUGCCCACUGGUGGAACUUCCGCCACUUCCAGCACCACGCCAAGCCCAACAUCUUCCACAAGGACCCGGAUGUGACCGUGGCGCCCGUCUUCCUUCUGGGGGAGUCGUCCGUCGAGUACGGCAAGAAGAAGCGCAGAUACUUACCCUACAACCACCAGCACCUGUACUUCUUCCUGAUCGGCCCGCCGCUGCUCACCCUGGUGAACUUCGAGGUGGAAAACCUGGCGUACAUGCUGGUGUGCAUGCAGUGGACGGACUUGCUCUGGGCUGCCAGCUUCUACGCCCGCUUCCUCUUCUCCUACAUUCCCUUCUACGGUGUUCCUGGGGCGCUGUUCCUCUUUGUGGCUGUCAGGGUCCUGGAGAGCCACUGGUUCGUGUGGAUCACACAGAUGAACCACAUCCCCAAGGAGAUCGGCCACGAGAAGCACCGGGACUGGGCCAGCUCUCAGCUGGCAGCCACCUGCAACGUGGAGCCCUCUCUCUUCCUUGACUGGUUCAGCGGACACCUCAACUUCCAGAUCGAGCACCACCUCUUCCCCACCAUGCCAAGGCACAACUACCGCAGGGUGGCCCCGCUGGUCAAGGCCCUGUGCGCCAAGCACGGCCUCAGCUACGAGGUGAAGCCCUUCCUCACCGCCCUGGUGGACAUCAUCGGGUCCCUGAAGAAGUCUGGCAACAUGUGGCUGGAAGCCUACCUCCACCAGUGAAGGCAGCGGCACCCAGGGCCCCAGCGCCACCCAGCCACCCAGACGGGCUCCCCCACCUGCCCCCACCUUGCCCUGCCUCCGCCUGAGGACCCUGCCCGCCGUCCUGGGCCCCCUCCCCGCCUGCUCCACAACCCUCAGGCCAUGGCUCUAGACCCCACGGGACCAGGGCUGGGGGCAUGGUAUAUAAAGCCACACGGUGAGCAUGGCAUGUUUUCCUAGUGCAAAAAUUUAGGGAAAAAGGUUAUUUUUAUAUAAAAACAAACCCAGAUAUAUUAUGGAGUAGAGUAUUGAAUUUGCAU